AUGCGUGGCACUGGCAAUGGUGAUGACGACGUCGAUAUCAAUUAUGUUCAUUCUCCCGCCUACCGCACCCUCUACCGCAAUGCCUCCAACACUGCCUUUACCCCGGCCCUGUAUCGCGGACUGUAUCAGGGCGUCGGGAGCGUAAUCAUCGCCACUCUCCCCUCCUCGGGCGCCUUUUUCAGCACAUAUGAGGGCAUCAAAACCCUCUUCGGCGAUAAUGGAAAUGCCGUCGUGAAUGCGGCUGCUGCCUCAGGCAUCGCUGAGCUGGUGUCGUGUGCCAUUCUCACGCCCGCCGAGGUCUUGAAACAGAAUGCGCAGAUGGUCAACCAUGACAAUGUGAAUACUACUUUGAAGAAUGCGAAGAAUGCGAAGAAUCCUUCCAAGAAUGCCACGCUGCACACUCUGCAACGCUUCCGCUCCAACCCUCUCGCUCUGUGGCGCGGCUAUGCUGCAUUGGCCGGCCGCAAUCUGCCCUUUACCGCCAUGCAAUUCCCCCUGUUCGAGCACAUCAAAACCAGCAUUCGCCGCCAUCGAGACGACCGCGGCACCCGCACCAACACGCUGCUCGAGAGCGCCAUCAUUACCGCCGUGAGCGCCGGCGCCGGCGGCAGUGUUGCUGCCGUCGCCACCACCCCCGUCGACGUGGUCAAGACGAGGCUCAUGCUGUCGGCCAUUGACCACCAACCGCACUCGCUGCACACGGCCGAGACCACCACCACCACCACCGCUGCCGCCGCCGCCAGCACUGCUGCUGCUGCUGCUCGCCAGUCGGUCAAACAGGCCAAGGAUGCCGUCGUGGAUGCCACCGCCCACACCAUUGCAGCCGCACGCCAGAACCCCUGGGAGGCAUGGAAAGGCGCUACCUCUGCUGCACCCGGCCGGAAGUCCAGUCUCACCGUGGCCCGCGAAGUGAUGCAGCAAGAAGGCGUCAAGGGAUUGUUUCGUGGCGGCGCUCUGCGCGCCGUCUGGACCAUGAUCGGAAGUGGCCUGUACCUCGGUGUCUACGAAACGGGACGAAUCUAUCUGGCCCAGCGGAGACGUGUCGGUGACGAGGCCGAAGAAUAGGUACAUGUAUCUGCCCGAGAGGGAACGAGGCACCUAAUGUCGCUGGUGUCGGUGUGUCUACAGUAGAAAGAUAGUGUCAGACCCGUUGGAGAACCUCGGCUACCUAUUCCUAGGCACCUCUCACAAUACCUACCUUACCUACCCUACCUACC